AUGUCUCUCUACCAUGAGGCUGCGUAUGUCUUGCAGCAAGACUCCUCUUCAGGUGGGAAUCUGCGGUCCCGAGUCUUCAAUAAGAAAGACCUGAAGUCGCCGCCAAACCAGGUCUACGCUCUUGCUCUCGAGACAUGCAAAUGGUCUGCAGUCCUGGCCGAGGUCAUUGAUCACUCUCAGCUCACGCCGGUCCUCUCACUCCUCCUGGUGCAUGAUUUCCUUCUUGCAAAGGGCGGCAUUGCCCUACCAGCCUCGCAUGGCCUUAGAGCAACCAUUGACCGCCACAAGUCUCGCCUUAACGCCGAGUUCACGCGAGCCAAGAUACGCAGAAAGUGUUCGGCCGUCGAUGCUCUCACGGAGCAGGUGGAAGCCAGCCUGUACGCCAACAGCCAGCAUCCCCGUUGGAUCCGGGUCAACGCCCUCAAGACAACUCUCGAUAAACAGCUAUCCACCACAUUCAAGGACCAUCAGAAAGCAGAAUCCGUACAAAAAGUACUGACUGGCACUGGCAAGCUCAUCUACAUCGACGAGCAUAUUCCUAACCUUGUGGCUGUCUCGCCCAGAUUUGACUUUGCACGAUCCCCUGCCUACAAAUCCGGUCAAAUCAUACUGCAAGACAAGGCCUCUUGCUUCCCAGCCUAUCUCCUUGAUCCAAAACCCUCUGAAGGAGACGUUAUUGAUGGAUGCGCGGCCCCGGGCAACAAGACGACACAUGCUGCCGCGAUCAUCAAGUCACACAGUCAUGACCAGGAGCCGCCAGAAGGUGGCAUACAUGCCUUUGAGAAAGACGCCAGGAGGGCAAAGACCCUCGACAAAAUGGUCAAGUUGGCUGGGUCGGAUGAUUUUACCCAGAUCCACCAGGGCCAGGACUUUCUGAAGGUCGAUCCGUUGGACGCCAGAUUUUCCAACACUGGAGCAAUACUCCUCGACCCAAGCUGUUCGGGGAGCGGUAUAGUUGGGCGAGACGACAUGCCAGAAUUGCACUUACCAACAGCUGACGGCGCCUCCCCCGCGGGUAAAUCAUCAAACAAGGCAGCGUUAUCUUCCAAGAAGCGAAAGCGUCCGGUCGAGGAUCCGGACCCAGAGCACGUCCUCAUCGACGAUGAUGGCAAUGCCACUGUUGUUUCUUCUGAAAAGGAUCUCGAAGCCCGGCUCGAGGCACUGUCCUCUUUCCAGCUGACGCUGCUACUACACGCAUUCAGUUUCCCCGCGGCACGCAAGAUCACAUAUUCGACAUGCUCCGUCCAUGCCGAGGAGAAUGAGCAGGUUGUCCUCAAGGCAUUACAGUCAGACGUCGGGAAAAGGCGAGGAUGGCGCGUCUUGCCUCGUGAGGCGCAAGUCAGCGGGAUGAAAGCAUGGCCCGUCCGGGGGCAAAUCGACGCCUGCGACGGUGAUGAGCAGGUGGCCGAGUCCUGCAUACGCGCUUACAAGGACGAUGGAAGAGGUGUCAUGGGAUUCUUUGUGGCUGCCUUUGUACGUGUCCCUGACCUUGACGCGUCUUCUCCGCCGCCUACCAAAAAAAAGAAAUCCAAAAAGGGGAAGGCUGCUACGACCAACCAAAAGGGCCAGAAGGAAGUCCAGACCCACCACGAUAUUCCGUUGGAAGCAUCCCAAAGUCCGAAUGCCAUCGGCCACGGGAUUGACGGGAUUGAAGCGACGAAUACCGAGGAUGAUGAGUCGGACUCAUGGAGUGGUUUUGAAGACUAG